AUGUGUUUCGGUUCGUCACGCGACGUACAAUAUGAUUCUCCACCCCCGCGGCGAGUGGGAUACAGCAACGAGGCCUAUGGCCGCUACAAAUACGACAAAGACUACGAGAAAUACCUGAAGAAACAAAAGAAGCGCCGUGCGAACAAUUCUGCCAUUACUGCAUACGCAGCAGCGGGAGCGGCUUCGGGUGGAUGUGGAGGCGGUGGUGGGUGCUAG